AUGCAGCGGGAAGAGAUGGAGCUGCUCUGGUCGGUGCAGGAGCUGCGUGCAGUGAGGGGGAGUGGCCUGAUGGGGGCGAUGGAGGCUAAUGCUGAGGAGGCAAACGCCAAGGAGAGACAGGAGCAGCAGUGGGAAGAGUUUGUGGGGAGAAGUCUGGAGCAGCAGCAGCGAUUGGCUCUGGAGGACAGGAAGUGUGCGCUGAUGUCAUCACUGUCAGGUGCAGCGUUGGAUGCCUCUCUCGCCGCGUUGGACUCGUUCGUUUUCCCACGCUCUGCUCUCUCCGUACAGAUCAGCACUUGCAGACAGGGUUUACCCGUUCAGCCAAUCAGGGGCCAGCAAAAACCUCUUGAGGCAAUGGGAGUAAUUCCCUGCGGUGAGGGGCGGGUCCAAGUGUUCAGUGACCUGAGGAGGCGGGGCUUCUGCCUCACUUCAGGAGGAAAGUUUGGAGCCGACUUCCUAGUUUAUCCAGGUGACCCUCUCCGGUUCCAUGCCCACUUCAUGGCGGUGUGUGUCCAGCAGGGGGAGCCCCUCUCUCUUCGGGACGUUCUGUCCUGGAUCCGACUCUCGUCAAACGUGAAGAAGACUCUGCUGCUGUGCUCCCAGUGUCCUGAGGGGGGCAUACUGUAUAGCUCCCUGCAGUGGAGCAGCAUGAGCUGA